AUGGAAGAUGACGAUAAAGUUUUGAAGGACUUUGUAAGCAUAUUAGACGAUCUUACGUUUAACUCAAAACAUAUCGUUACUAGUCUUACCAAAAUGGCGGAAGAGAAUAUAUCUUAUGCUCAGCAGUUUGUGGAUGCAGUAGAAGCUAGAAUUACUAAAUGUGUGCCUAAACAGAAGCUGUACGCAUUUUAUGCAUUGGAUUCAAUUUGUAAGAACGCAGGAUCUCCGUAUACAAUAUAUUUUGGCAGAAACUUAGCCAAGCUAUACAAGCAGACAUAUUUGAUAGUGGAUAAUGCGACAAGGACAGAGUUAAUAACGCUUUUCAAGACUUGGAUGAUGCUGCUACCAACAGGGGAGCUUCUUUUUGAUAAGGAUUCGUUAGAAAGGAUUGAGCAGUUUCUGAUUAAGGCGAGCUCUCUACACCAGAGACAGGCGCAAGCGAUGGCACCACCACCAACGGUUCCGUUAUUAUUGAAAGAAAUAGAUAAACUAAGUAUUCUCACAAAAGAGCGAUUAACCAAGAAACCCGAUGAUUCGAAACUGCAGACAAAAACCAUUCUCCUCCAGCAACUGAAACAAGAAUUACAAAGAGAAAAGCUUCCAUUGCAAGCGCUGCAUGACUUCCAACAGCAACUACGGCAUAUAUUCGCUCAGGAACAGCAGGUCUGGCAGCAGCAGCAGAAAGAGCAGCAGCAGCAGUAUCUGGCACAACAGCAACAAGUACAGCAACAGCUAUCAGAAAGUGGCGGUGCUCCUCCGUCACUUACGCAUCCAUACGAAGAAUCUUCCCUUUUUGGUAACGCUACACUUUCAAUGUCAUUCCUUGAUAGUAUUUCAUCCCCCAAUACGUCGCCAUUGGCCCCAUCAACGAAUAAGGUUUCAAAGGUUGAGGUGUUAUAUAGGAAUUUGAAGCAUAAAAAUUUGUUGUUUGAACCCGCAAAAGAGUCGAUAGUCACGCUUGCCUCAAAGUUAGAAAAAACGAUUAAUCCAAACAAAGUCAGAUUACCUCCAUUCUGUAUUCUUCAGGAUAUCCUCGGUGAUGUGAGAUCUUACUAUGCCACAAGAAACGUGGAUAUUUUGAACACACCAAAUUUACAACUCUCCCAGCAAUUCGUGAUUCAGAAGAACAAUCCGUUGACUGAACAAUUAAUUCAUGUCUUAUACCGUGCAAAACCAAAUAAAUGCACUACUUGUGGUGUUAGAUUUGGGAGUAGCGCCAAAGAACGUCAGUUAGAGGUUGAACAUUUUGACUGGCAUUUCCGUAUUAAUAAAAGAAUAAAAGGUACCCAAAAUGCUAAUGCGAUAAUAGCGAAGAAUAUUCAAUCUAGAUCGUGGUACCUAAAUUAUGAACAAUGGAUCCAGUUUAAGGAUGAAGAUAUUGUUUCUACAAAUGUUGAUGCAACAGCGGUUAACAAUAUGGCAUUGGCAUUGAAUCAGGCCACAACAACUACGGAUUCAGAUAAUAAAGCCAAAAAUGAACUCCAGAUUCGCAAAAAAUACAUCAUUGUUCCAGACGGUGCGCCUGAUAUGUCUUUUCAAUGCCCUAUUUGUACUGAAGUAGCAUCUGCUGUAUACGAUGAAGAUUUGGCCGAAUGGGUUUGGAGGAAUUGUAUCGAUUCUAAUGGAAAGUACUUUCACGCAACAUGUUUCUAUGAAGCCUCCAACAAUCAUACUUCUAAGGACAAUGGUUCAACGGGCAUCGAUUCUGAUUUGGAAAGGUUAAAGGGUUUGAUAAAUGGUAAUAGUACCAAACUGAGCGAGUAA